AUGCCACAUGGCCCGACUACUCUACCGAUGUACCUAUUGAUGGUUGCUGGGCGGGGCAUUCUGGCCAUUGGGGAUGGGCCACUUAAAGUACUUCAGGUCAAAGUGGUUGCCUAUUGCUUCCCAGGAGCAACUGUUGUACCCAUGGCGUUUUGUACAGUCGGACUUGUGGGGAAAAGUUUAAGCUAUUUUGUAACACCUAACAUUGCGGCAACAGCAGUUGGGUUUCGUGUCUCUGUAUGGUUAGGAGCAGUUGCCUCUGGAUUCAGUUGUAUGUGUGCAGUUUGUCUCGUCUUACUUCUUCAAAAGCAGAAACCCUUGGAAGCAGAUGAUUAUGAAAAAAGCAAAACUCCAACACUUAAAGACAUAAAUGGCCUGCCGACGAAUUUUUGGCUGAUUAUAUGGACGAUGGGGUUUAUCCAAGGCGCUUGGAUCUGUGAGCAAGCCAAUUUACCAGACUUUUUAGAGUUACGGUAUGGCUUGACAGUAACAGAGGCAGGCUACAUUACCGGCGUUCCUUCUCUCAUCAUUUUGUCAACUCCUGUCGUUGCUAUAUUACUGAGGUACAUUGACUGUCAUGGAGUCGUUCUCACAGCAGCCAUAAUAUGGAUGACGUCUGCUUUUGUUUUAUUGGGAUUCUGUCCGGCCAUCCACCCCCUUAUCCUCGCCAUAGCAUAUGGAAUAGGUUCAACGACAUAUUCGAUAAUAGCAUGGCAGCUCCUUGUCGUUAUCAGUCCCGCCGCCUUUGUUGGGACUAUCGGAUGUAUUUUUUAUUUAGUGAGACACCUAACAGCAGCGUUCAGCUUACUUGCCGCUGGAUAUAUACUGCAGAAACCUGAACAGUACGUAUUAUUAACGUUAUCAGAUUGA